AGCACCUCUCGGCGGACCACAUCAAGGUGUUCCUGUACCAGAUCCUGCGCGGACUCAAGUAUCUGCACUCGGCGCGCAUCCUCCACCGGGACAUCAAGCCGGGCAACCUGCUCGUCAACAGCAACUGCGUACUGAAGAUCUGCGACUUUGGCCUGGCCCGCGUCGAGGAGCCCGAUCAGUCCAAGCACAUGACCCAGGAGGUGGUCACACAGUACUACCGGGCGCCGGAGAUCCUGAUGGGUGCCCGCCACUACUCCGCUGCCGUGGACGUGUGGUCCGUGGGGUGCAUCUUUGGCGAGCUGCUCGGCCGCCGCAUUCUGUUCCAGGCCCAGAGCCCGGUGCAGCAGUUGGAACUGAUCACGGAACUGCUCGGCACACCCACUCUGGAGGACAUGCGACACGCCUGCGAGGGCGCCCGAACCCACAUGCUGCGCCGCGCCCCGAAACCUCCGUCGCUGUCCGCUCUGUACACGCUCAGCACGCACGCCACCCACGAGGCGGUUCACCUGCUCUGCCAGAUGCUCGUCUUUGAUCCGGACAAGAGAAUCUCGGUGAUUGACGCGUUGGCCCACCCGUACGUGGACGAGGGCCGGCUCCGGUACCAUUCCUGCAUGUGCAAGUGCUGCUACACGCCGUCGGCGGGCAUGCGUCAGUACGCGGCCGAGUUUGAACCGUCGGCGCAGCAGCCGUUCGACGAUCUGUGGGAGCGCAAGCUGACCUCGGUGCAGCAGGUGAAAGAGGAAAUGCACAAAUUCAUCGCGGAGCAGCUGCAAACCGGUCGCGUGCCACUAUGUAUAAAUCCUCAGAGUGCCGCCUUCAAGAGCUUCGCCAGGUAA